AUGAAUUGGUCUGAAUACUUCCAUGCCUAUAUGCUAAUGCCAGGCACCAUAGAGGAAAGUGUGCUUCUUUCAGGUUCUUCGGUUAUCGCAACAGAUGCAUCUGAAAACUUCCUUGACGCAAAUGCAAUCGAGUUAGUGUGGCAGAGAACCUUUCCAAAAGACUCGGUGAUGAUCAGCGGGUCCAAAUACCUCUACAUCAAGGAUAUUGUUGGGGGACAGGACGGAUACUCAAUAAGCCUGUACCAAAAGGUCAAGUCAGAGGGCGCCAGCGAAGAGGGCCCCAACAUUUUGUUUGUAGCAGAGAUGGACACUCUCCUGUGGGUGGGCAAUUUCAACAACAACCAGAAGGCGCAGGUGAUACCCUUUGUAGAGUCAAUUGCAUCGCAUAUUUUUACACAUAUUGUGCAAAGUGAAGAGUAA